UCAGAGCUGUGGAGGUGGGGGAGCAGUGGGCACACAAACACCUUGGAGUUGGGCUGGGUCUGCGUGGUGCCCCAGAGAUGUUCUCCAGCCCAUGCUUCCCAAGAACCAAUGAGUAAAUUUCGGGGCCUCCCACCUGAGGUCAGGGAACCAGGCCCUGGAGUGGAACUAGGGGUGGAAGAUGGCCUUCUUUGUCAACUGAUUCAUUCUCCAGAAUUCAACUUGUUCUCCGACUCAGUGGUAUUUGAAAGCAACUUUAUUCAGGUCACUAAACUGGGGAACUGGAUGGAUGUCUACGAAGGCUCUACCACCGUGAUCCUUGGAGUGACCUCCUCGGUACCCUCCUUGCCACUUCCCAAUGUCCUCCUGAUGGCCAAUGUCACCUGGCCUCAAGGUCAGUUUUCCACCUGGAGCACACCUGCUGAUGCCCCGCUCAUCACCCUCAGAAGGAUUCUCCCCCUAAAGUAUGUGGAACUACAAAUCUAUGAUCAGCCCCAACGCAUCCUGAGGGUGAGGACAGUGACUGAGAAGAUCUACUACCUGAGGCUCCACGAAAAGCACCCAGAGGCCGUGUUUCAGUUCUGGAUCCGCCUGGUGAAAAUCCUGCAGAAAGGUCUGUCCAUCACCACCAAAGACCCGAGAAUCCAGUUCACUCACUGUCUGGUACCUAAGAUGCCCUGCAGCUCCACCGAAACCACACCUAAAAUCAGCCUUCCGUCAUCCCUCCAGUCCAGCGAAACCCUCAUGCUGUUGGCAGCCGAGCAGACCAGUGGCAGCUUCUCAGAACUCACACGAAGGUCCCAGCUCACAGCAGACAGAAACGACCCUGCCAUUGAAAUAGGCGCCUCCAGCAGCGACAAGACACCCUCCCUGGUGGCGUCUCCAACCAAUGUGAAUAUACCCAUGAGAGCCGCCUUGAGUCACAGCCUCUGGGAACAAGAGGACUUCGAUAAGAACUUCCUGCAGGUUCCAGCUGCCAGUUCCCUAGGGCAGAACUUUCUGGGACCCUGACACCUGACCAGAAUGGGGUGAUCUUCCCUGCUCUUGUGCACGUGCUGCAGCCUCCUGUAAUGCUGUUUUACCGAGUGACCAUGGAGAGGCAAGAUGGUGUUUCAACAAAGCAUUUCUGUACUUCCACCAAUAAACCUCCAA